AUGUCUAAUCACCUCUCCAUUGAGCAGCAAGCUCGAGCAGCCAAGGCCUAUGUCAUCCAGGAGCUAGGGAAGACUUCUGUGGGAGAAUCUAUUUUGGCUGAGGAGGCAUUCUACAGGCGCUUGGAUAUGAAUUUUAUCACCAUCUUCGCUAUCUUCGCAGAACUGUAUGGAUAUCGUCACGACUGUCUAGAUCAGCUAGUCGAUCUCAUAACAAUGUGUGGCAAGUCAUGGAUGGCGAGAGAUCUGGAACUACAGAAGCUUGACCAGGAACGUGAACUUGAUCCAGAAUGGUAUCUGUCCAAUCAGAUGCUGGGCGGCGUCUGUUACGUGGAUCGUUAUGCGAAAAACCUCGAUGGCAUCCGAUCGAAGAUUCCCUACUUUCAGGAACUUGGCUUGACAUAUCUACACCUCAUGCCUCUUUUUGAAUCACCGAAGCCCCUGAACGACGGAGGUUACGCCGUUUCCAGCUAUCGUGAUGUCGAGCCGGCUUUGGGGGAUAUUCAUCAGUUAAAAGCACUCGCCACGGACCUUCGCAAGGCGGGUAUAAGCCUGGUGCUUGACUUGGUCUUCAAUCACACUUCCAACGAGCAUCGGUGGGCAAGGAAGGCUGCAGAAGGCGACCCAGAGCAUUCGGCUAUGUAUUGGAUAUUCCCAGAUCGGAACGUUCCAUCCGCAUUCGAACGUUCAACUCGAGAAAUAUUUCCGGACGAUCACCCAGGUUCUUUCAUACAGUUGCCAGAUGGUCGCUACGUUUGGAGCACCUUCUAUCACUUCCAAUGGGACCUCAAUUACUCAAACCCGGCCGUCUUCCGCGCUAUGGCGGAGGAGAUGCUUUACUUAGCCAAUAUUGGCGUGGACUUUUUCCGGAUGGACGCUGUGGCGUUUAUGUGGAAACAGAUGAACACAGACUGCGAAAACUUACCCGAGGUUCAUAAGCUCCUUCGAGCUUUCAAUGCCCUCUGUAGGAUUGCUGCCCCGUCGGUUUUGUUCAAGUCAGAAGCCAUUGUACACCCGGACUUUGUUGUUCAGUAUAUCGAUCGAUAUGAGUGCCAGCUUAGCUACAAUCCUCUACAAAUGGCUUUGACAUGGGAAGCCUUGGCAACAAGAGACGCUUCGAUGCUUGCACAAGCUAUUGAGCGAAGACAUAAUAUUGCCAGAGGAUGUGCAUGGGUCAAUUACGUACGAAGCCACGACGAUAUCGGCUGGACCUUUUCUGAUAACGACGCCCUGGAACUUGGCAAACAAGGUGCCAACCACCGCAAGUUUUUGAAUGCUUUCUUUGUCAACCGGCAUCCGGGAUCAUUCGCUCGUGGUGUACCUUUUCAGGACAAUCCCCGGACUGGGGAUUGCAGGAUUUCCGGAACUACUGCAUCGCUCGCUGGUUUGGAGUCGGGGCAAGACGGUGCCCUGGAACGAAUUCUCCUGGCUUACUCCAUUGCCAUGAGCACUGGUGGCAUACCUCUAAUAUAUCUCGGCGAUGAAGUUGGACAGUUGAACGACUACUCUUAUCUGAAUGAUCCUUCCAAAAUGGACGACUCCCGUUGGGUCAAUCGGCCCUGGUACCCAGAGCAGCGCUAUAAUGAACGACACGAUCAAAACACCAUAGCUGGGAGGUUGUAUGCCGGCAUGAAGCAUCUGAUCCAUCUACGUAAGACCACAGAAGAGAUUGCUGGAGGGAGAGCCAUAGGAUUUUAUACUGGCAACCCUACCGUGCUUGGGUAUCAACGGCCAGGCUCAAACUCUAAUCUCCUGUGUUUAUGUAACUUUUCGGACACUCCUCAGUGGGUUGGCCGUGACAGGUUCAUGGGUUUGCCUGAAAGUGCCUAUGAUCUAGUGGGUGGCUAUAAUGUCGAGCUGAGAUCAGCAGGCAUUCAAUUGCGAGCGCAUCAGUACGUUUGGUUAAGAUAUUAA